GAAAACCUUCUCUCAUUUCCCCUCUUUCUUCUCAGAAAUUCUAGAGAGAGAGAGAAAAUGGUGAAGUUCUCAAAGGAGCUUGAAGCCCAACUGAUUCCUGAAUGGAAAGACGCCUUCGUAAACUACUGGAAACUGAAGAAACAUGUGAAAAAGGUCAAAAUACUCUUCUCCAUGAAAGCAUCUGCAAAAACCUGUGAAGUCACAGGAUUGAACCGUGCCUGCAAUCUGUGGAGAUUGGCUUCGAGUUACAUAGCUGGAGGCCCUAGACAUGAGAUUAUUGAGGUUAGAGAGAGAGAGGGUGAUGAGGGAGAGGGAGAAGGGUUGUUCAAGACCGAUUUGGUGCGACUGUUUACAGAGGAUGAUGAGGUGAAAGUGUUCUUUGAGAUGUUAGAUGAAGAAUUGAAUAAGGUUAACAAGUUCUAUAAGGUGAAAGAAGGGGAGUUCUUAGAGAGAGGAGAGAUAUUGAAUAAUCAACUGCAAAUAUUGCUUGACUUGAAGAGAAUUCUCCACCAUAGAUGCUUGCCUCGAUCCAAUUCAUCAUCAGUGAGAAGCUCAGACUGCUCUGAAAGCAUGACUGAAACCGACGAGUCCGUACGCUCACCGGAAUAUGAGACAUUUGCCGGAUUCACGAGGUUGAAGACCAAGAAGGAGAGCUUGAAAAUCAAAGGGAAGCCGAAAACCGCCAUGAGGAUCGAAAUUCCAGCGACCACUCCGACGAAGGCGAUCUUGGCCAUCACUCAGAACGUUUGGGAAGAUAUUAUUAAUCACCCCAAGAAAGAGCCAGCUUUUGAGUCUCUUAAUAGGAAGAAGAUCCAGUGUGCACAGAAGAUGAUAAGGGGAGCAUUUGUGGAGCUCUAUAAAGGCUUGGGCCUGCUCAAGACUUACAGCUCACUCAACAUGGUGGCCUUUACCAAGAUACUCAAGAAAUUUGACAAGGUUUCCAAACAAGAAGCUUCCUCAACCUACCUUAAAGCUGUGAAGAGAUCAUAUUUCAUAAGUUCAGACAAGGUGGUGAGACUGAUGGAUGAGGUGGAGUCCAUAUUCACUAAGCAUUUUGCCAACAAUGAACGCAAAAAGGCCAUGAAAUUCUUGAGGCCUCAACCAAACAGGGAUUCACACAUCAUCACCUUUUUAGUUGGGCUAUUUACAGGGUGUUUCGUAACGCUAUUCACAGUGUAUGCUUUCUUGGCUCACCUCUCCGGCAUGUACUCCACCACCACUACAACUGAAGCUGGUUACAUGGAAACCGUUUACCCUGUUUUCAGCAUGUUUGCUUUACUAAGUUUGCACAUGUUUUUGUACGGGUGCAACCUCUUCACUUGGCAAAGUGCAAGGAUCAACAACAACUUCAUCUUUGAUUUCUCUCCAGGAAAUUCUCUAAGGUACAGGGAUGUGUUCCUUAUAUGCACCUCCUUCAUGACUUUGGUGGUCGCUGGCAUGGUCACGCACCUCGUCUUGCGUGCCAAGGGCUACCCUCCUAGCACUGUCGAUACAUUACCCGGCAUCCUUCUGUUGGUGUUCACAGGCCUUCUCAUUUGUCCUUUCAAUGUCUUCUACCGCCCCAGCCGGUACUACUUCUUGCGAGUUAUCCGGAACAUAAUAUGCUCACCCUUCUACAAGGUACUGAUGGUGGACUUUUUCAUGGCAGAUCAGCUAACAAGUCAGGUGCCAUUGCUAAGACACAUGGAGUUUACAGCCUGCUAUUAUCUUGCAGGGAGCUUCAAAACCCAUCAAUAUCAAACCUGUAAGAAUAACAAGCUUUACAAGGAACUGGCCUAUGUCAUCUCUUUCCUGCCAUAUUACUGGAGAGCCAUGCAGUGUGCACGAAGAUGGUUCGAUGAAGGUGAUAUCAACCACGUGGCCAACUUGGGGAAGUACGUAUCUGCCAUGUUGGCAGCGGGUGCUCGGCUCACAUAUGCUAUGCAGCCCACUCCAACAUGGUUUGCUUUGGUCAUAAUCACUUCCACAAUGGCAACUAUCUAUCAGUUAUACUGGGAUUUUGUUAAGGACUGGGGGCUACUUAACCCCAAAUCCAAGAACCCAUGGCUAAGAGAUGAGCUCAUUCUAAAGCACAACAGCAUCUACUAUGCUUCCAUUAUUUUCAAUUUCAUUUUGAGACUGGUCUGGGUCGAAACAGUGAUGCACCUCAACAUUGGGAGAGUUGACUCUCGAGUUCUCGAUUUUUUCAUGGCCUCAUUGGAGAUAAUACGCCGUGGGCAUUGGAAUUUCUACAGGUUGGAGAAUGAACAUCUAAAUAAUGUGGGCAAGUUCAGAGCUGUGAAGACCGUGCCCUUACCAUUUCAAGAACACUACUACGAUAAUUGAAUACUUGCCUCCAGACAGAAGAUAGUUUGGAGGCAGACAAGGGAAUGAAUGAAAAAAUCUAAUCCCCUUAAGCUUAAUGAGCACAAAAGAGAGAGAGAGAGACCGCAAGGGGGGGCACACAAACAUCAAAGCAAGUUGAUGGAUUAAGAUUUAAGUGAGAGAGACAGUUAAACCCACUCAUAUUGGAACCACAAGGUUCACAUUGCCAUGAAGAUAGAAGAAGGCCACAACAAAUUGAAUCUCUUUGUAGUUAGCGGCAUCUCUGAUCCAAGAAAAGGGAUAGACUCUGAUGUGAGUCAAAGACCACCACAUCAUCAGAAGGUUUUUUGGAUCUGGAAAUGUUAAAUGUAAUGUUUGGGAUUGCUUCCAUUUUUCCUGUGUAUAAUGCUGACUUGAGAUUUCAAAAGACGGGUCAUUGAUCAUGUCAAUUGAGGCAAUGUCUUACUCUUACCAAAUUGUACAUGGUGACCAUGAGUAUGUCGAUUUAAUAACUCCUGAUUUUUCGAGUCAGAAAAAUGAAGUUUGCAAUUUGAUGA